ACUGCCUAUCAAGAACGUGCUGACAACUUCUUAAAACGCUGACAGUCGCUCUAACCGGCAAGGGCUCGCUUUACUGGCGUGUCACUCCAGAGAGUCGGCAAAACUUGCCAUCGGACGUCAUUCUACGGGAGCCCCACCCCUCCCCAAAAAAAUACAGUGUGUGAGCAGUUCCCAGGCAUGCCUGUGAAACAUACCGGCACUCGAGCUCAUUGAGAGGACACUGGACGCUUACACAUUGUUACAGAUGUGGCUGGAGACCGUAAAAGAAGUAUAGAUGGUAGGAAUGUUUCUAACCCACUUCACUGCUACACAAUUCUUCCAUGGAAGUACAGCACAUGGCAAUUCAAAGUAUCAUCUGACAAGUGGAGAAUAAUUUUAGGUUGAAAAUGCUGAAAGACGGUCGCCAGUCAGUUUAGCUGCAGUACAGCUGGAAAGAGUAAGAAGCCUGUCUCCGCUGAGAAAUCUGGAGAGACCAUGGGCAACAACGACGAUGAGAAGAACAGCCAAGCCUGUCAGCUGUUUGAGAACUUUGUCCAGGCCUCAACAUGCAAGGGCACCCUCCAGGCCUUCAACAUCCUCUGUCGCCAGCUUGAACUGGACCCCCAGGAUUAUAAAAGCUUCUACACCGCGCUCAAGUCCAAGGUGACCUUUUGGAAAGCCAAAGCGCUGUGGAGUAAACUUGACAAGCGGGCAAGUCAUAAAGAAUACCAGAAAGGGAAAGCCUGCCCGGGUACAAGGUGUCUGAUUAUUGGAGGCGGGCCAUGUGGGCUGCGCACUGCCAUAGAACUCGCUCUCCUUGGCGCCAAGGUGGUGGUGAUAGAGAAGAGGGACACCUUCUCCAGGAACAACGUGCUACACUUGUGGCCUUACACCAUUCAUGAUCUCCGAGGACUCGGAGCCAAAAAGUUCUAUGGAAAGUUCUGCGCCGGGGCAAUAGACCAUAUCAGUAUUCGACAGCUGCAGCUGAUGCUGGUAAAAGUAGCUCUUAUAGUCGGGGUAGAAUUUCACGUCAACGUGGAGUUCGUGAAGCUCCUGGAACCUCCUGAGGAUCAAGAGAAUCAAGGAAUUGGCUGGCGAGCUGAAAUACGGCCCAUGGAUCACCCUGUUUCAGAUUUCGAGUUUGAUGUGGUUGUGGGGGCAGAUGGACGGAGAAACACUCUGGAAGGUUUCAGAAGAAAAGAGUUCCGUGGAAAGUUGGCCAUAGCGAUCACUGCCAACUUUAUUAACAGAAACACAACGGCCGAAGCCAAGGUAGAAGAAAUUAGUGGUGUUGCUUUCAUCUUCAACCAGAAAUUCUUUUUGGAUCUUAAAGAAGAAACAGGAAUUGACCUGGAGAACAUUGUAUAUUAUAGGGAUAACACCCAUUACUUUGUAAUGACAGCAAAGAAACAAAGCCUGCUGGACAAAGGGGUCAUUAUUCAUGACUACAUUGACACUGAGAUGCUGCUCAGUAGCGAGAACGUGAAUCAGGAAGCCCUGCUUUCAUAUGCACGGGAAGCAGCUGACUUUGGUACCAACUAUCAACUUCCGUCUCUGGACUUCGCAAUAAAUCACUACGGCCAGCCUGACGUGGCCAUGUUUGAUUUCACAAGCAUGCACGCCUCUGAGAACGCAGCACUGAUCAGAGAGAGGCAUGGGCAUCAGCUGCUUGUAGCUCUGGUUGGAGACAGUUUACUGGAGCCUUUCUGGCCCAUGGGGACCGGUUGUGCUCGAGGUUUCCUGGCUGCCUUCGACACGGUGUGGAUGGUGAGGAGCUGGACUCAGGGUAGAGCCCCGCUGGAGGUCUUGGCAGAGAGAGAGAGUAUUUACCGACUGCUGCCUCAGACAACCCCUGAAAACAUCACAAAGAACUUUGACCAGUACACAAUCGAUCCAGUGACUCGAUAUCCAAACCUCAACUGCACCUGCGUGCGACCUCUCCAGGUACGCCACUUGUACAUUACCGGUGAAUUGCAACUGUGUACCCUUGAAAGAGCAUCUUCAAUCAGACGAUCUGUUAAUCUUUCACGACGGGAAUCUGAAAUUCGACCCAACAGGCUUUUGACCUGGUGUCAGAAGCAGACGGAGAGCUACAAGAAUGUUCAUGUAUCCGACCUCACCACCUCAUGGAGGAGUGGCCUGGCACUGUGUGCUCUUAUACACCACUUUCGACCUGACCUUCUUGACUUUGAUUGUCUCAAUGAAGAAGAUGUGGCCGAAAACAACCAGCUGGCGUUUGACAUGGUAGAGCGGGAGUUUGGUAUUCCUCCAGUCACUACUGGAAAAGAGAUGGCAGCUGACAGUGAGCCUGACAAGCUAAGCAUGGUCAUGUACCUCUCCAAGUUCUACGAGCUCUUCCGAGGGACACCACUGCCUGCAGCUGGCAAUUUAAGGAGAGAAAUUGGCGAGAGUAAUGAAGUUUCUUCAGCAAAGUCAGCAAACCCUCUUUAUAACUUCCUUAACUUAACUCUGCCAAGAAAACGAACACCAAAGGAUGAUAAAAAAGUGGAAGAAAACGACACUACAAGCAAAAGAAGGAGAAAGGGAUUCAAUCAUUUGGAGGAGGCUUCUAACUUCUCCAGUCAAAGUCCUGGGAGUGAAGGGGGAGAGGCAAAGGAUGGUGGGAAUCAAAACAAAGUCAAAUCAAUGGCUUCUCAGUUGCUGGCCAAGUUUGAAGAAAAUGCGCCCAGCUCAUCUCUACGGAGAAAGACUGGUUCAAAUGCUACAAAACCACCAAGGCCACCUUCUCUUGAUAUGUCAGAGAGUCCCCGAUUCACCAAACCUAAGGACCAAAACCCCAUCCCUUCUAUUCCACCGAAAAGGCAGUUUCAGUCUCCAGCCAGUGCUCAAUAUGUGGUAAACAGAACACGCCAGGCAUUGCACUGCGCUGAGUACAUUCCCAGGAAACCUAAACAAGCUGAUAAAACAGACACGCAGGCAGAGAGCACAGGCCACUCGGCUUCUAGCCGCUCCACUGUCUUAGCAGUGUCAGGAAUGCUACAACGCCUUCAGCGGCUUGAGGAUCAGAUCAAUCAGACCUCCCUGCCUGCCCCCAGCUCCCCUCCUCCCGAGCCUAAAAUUGUCUUGGCCCGUCCCUCCCCUGACUCUUGUGUUGCUUCUUCUUUUCCAUCUCAUGCAACAGCUCCAUCUGAACCUGCUCCACAGAGGAGAUCUCAGUCUCUAUCAGCUAGGGAGUUUCACAAAAAGAACAUAAAGGAGAAGGCAGCCCAUCUUUGUUCAUUAUUUGGGUACAUGGCUUUCCAGCCUCAGACUGCUCAGCCUGCCCUCAGCUCCCCCUCUCCUGGGCCCAAAGCUGUGUCCACCUGCCCUUCCCUUGACUCCUCUGCUGCUGCCAGUCUUAAAUCUCAUGUAAAACCUCCACCUCCUAAACCUGCUCCACAGGAUCUAGAUAAGCUGUCCUAUAGACAGGAAAAGACACUUGAACAAUUGAAAAAUGGAAAUUUGUGCAUUGCAAAUGUUACUUCUCAUGUAAUCUUUCACAACCACCAUUUUGAAAACAAAGAAACGAACCACACUGAACCCAUACAUGCUUCAUCAGGCCAGAGGACUGUGGGGAAGGUUUCCUCUGUCAUAGGAUCUAUGGCUGAGGUACUAGUCACUCUCUAUGAGAAUGACCACAGACCCAAAGCACGUUCUACUUCCCCUGUGCCGGCCAACACGUCCGGGCAAGGGGGCAGAUACUGGAAACCUGGCUUGGGCUCUCUGCGUAAGGAGUUCCCCCAGACACUGGGUGGCAGUGACAGCUGUCACUUCUGUACGAAGCGUGUGUAUGUGAUGGAGCGGCUGAGCGCAGAAGGCAGGUUCUUCCACAGGGAGUGCUUCAGGUGUGACUCCUGCAACACUAUCCUGCGCAUGGGCAUCUACGCCUUCGACACAGAGGAAGGUAAAUUUUACUGCAAGACACAUUUUGCUCAAUGCAAAACCAACAACAGGCACAGAAAGCAGAGAACUGAGUUACAAAAGGAGGACACAGGGCUGUCAAAGCAGGAGGAGGCUUGGUCUUCCCCAGACUCGGCAAAUGCCUACUCUGCUGCCAUCACCUUGGAGGACAGCCCCCCAGCCCAGACCUCCGUGAGAGCAAUCCCUGAAGAAGACAUGACAGAUCAUAACCUUCUGGCAGUGCACGUCCUGGUAACCAGUGAUGCCAAUGAUCAGUGUUCAGACACCGAAUCUGACCCCUGUAGCAGCUCCUUGAAUAGCGCUGGAGCAGAGAUCCCAGAUUUCAACUCCUUUACACCCAAGCCAGUCACAGAUAGUUCAGAAGGACACUUCAGAAGACAGGACUGUGACCUGAGAGAGGAAAACUCCAAACCUGAUGAUGCCAUGCAGCUCUCCAGUAAGUUGCAAUCAUCCCAGCCAUCACCAUUUGACAGGCAUAAUAGAUGGAGAAGAAAAAUUCAGACAACUCUGCCUUUAAUCAUGUAUAAGAGAUCUUACCAACACUCUGGGGGUGACACCCACAGCGUUCCAGAGGAACUCUCGAGAUCUCAGAAGCUCUCUGAACAAAGUUCAUCUGAGCAUUUACAAAGGCAUUCUGAAUCGUGCAGCCCAAUUGAGACAAGUACAGACAAGACUACACCAUCACCCAUUGCUGACAGGGAAACCUAUACACCAUUUACAGAUACCAAAAAAGGAGGCGCUGAGAGUCUGUUUCCAAGUCCUUAUUCUACAGACACAACCAGAAUAAGUGUCACUUGCCACGAUGAAGGAAAAAAUGCAGAUGUAUAUAAAGAAACGAAACAGCUGAUAAGGAAAAGAUUAACUCUGUCCCCUAAAGAGAAAGCUAAGUUACUUGACUGGGAACUGUCUGCCCCAGAGGACACAGCUAGGCAGAGAAAUAAAGGAGAUAAUAGCAACUCCAGAGCUAGUGAUCAUGUUGGUUCUUCAACUAGUGCUGCCAAAGUGCCUUCAACUGUGGAUUCCGGUCGUGUGGUAGAACUUCCAAAAGUGCCUUCUUCCAGCAAUGAUAAUGACAGUGAAGACUCUCAAUCCCCUCUACAAUUUUUAGCCAAUGCUUUUAGAAAAUCUUUCAGAGGAUCUAGCAGCACUUCUUCUUCGAACAUCAGAAGGACUGAAAAGGCUGCGCCCAGGACUAGACCCCUCUCCGAAGGAUCUUUCUUUGACUUUAGCGCUGUGUUUGGCAAACCAGUGGAUGUGUUGACCAGCAAUGAGCCACCUCAAGCCUCUUCACACCUACCGGCAUCAGAAAUAGCUGCGGCAGGACAGCCUGUCAUCAAGGUAACUCCGUGCUCUGGUAUCAGUACUGAAGGACCUUUGCAGGGUCCCUCAAGGAAUACCAGGAGAGCCAGGGUUGAAGCCCAUGAUACAAUGGAGGAUGAUAUGCCAAGAUUAUUAGAAAAGGCUUCAUUGAUCGAGAAGCCAAGCAGCUCCUCCAGUGACGAUGUAUCAUUUCUCUCGCGGAGAAAACCCGGUUUCUUUUCCUCCUUGAGAAUAAAGAAGCCAGAACAGACAAAGAAUGGUCAACAAGGUUCGGAAGACGUAAGUGGCAAGAUUGAUAUCUGGAGGCUUCUUACCAGCUUUAGAAAGAAAGGGUCUGAGAAGGAAACAAAGGAAACUCCAAUGAGUGCACUUCCUGCAGACUCAUUAUCAAAUGCGACACCAUCUUAUGUUCUGUCUGCAGCAAAAAAGCCAGGCCCCAGUCAGCUGCCUGUGGGGAGCUUCAUAAACCACCAGGACGACAGCUCCUCCAGUGAGGACCCUGAGGAGAAACCUACUUCAAAACUAAAGGCGACUACGAGCUUCAGACGAAAGAAGAAGCAGGAGAAGGUCGCCCAACACCAGGCACGACAAGAAGAGCUAAAAAGACUUCACAGGGCCCAGGUUAUACAGAGGCAGCUGCAGGAGGUGGAGGAGCGGCAGAGAGCCUUGGAGGAGCAGGGUGUUAAACUGGAGAAGGCGCUGCGGGGAGAAUCAGAUUGCAGCCCAAAAGAUGAAACGCACCUUCUACACUCCUGGUUUAAACUGGUUCUGGAGAAGAACAAGCUAGUCCGCUACGAAUCUGAGCUCAUGAUAUUUGCCCAAGAUCUGGAGCUUGAGGACUGUCAAAGCAGACUGCAGCAGAGGCUACAUGAGAGAAUGGCCUUUGAUGAUUCCCAGAAAAGUCAGCAGGAGCGUGCUGAGGAGCAGCAGGUCCUGGAGAAGAUGCUGGGGGUGGUGGAGAGACGAAACAAACUGGUGGCUCUUCUGGAGGAGCAGAGGCUACGAGAGAAGGCAGAAGACAAGGACUUGGAGUGUUGUGCUAUCCAAAGGGUACCACUUUCACUGGACCUGAAUCCUCCAAUGUGAAGACAAAGAGUGGCCCAGCAUUUCAACAGCACCAAUGCACAUUCAAGCAAACUGUAUUUCAAAUACAGCUGGAUAUAAAAAGACAUUUGUUUUGAUUUUGCAGACUGAAGGUGAAUAUUUAUUUAUAUCAGGACCAGUUUUAUGCAGACUGCUGUGCAGGAGAGUGUAUAUAUAUAUAUAUACAUUUAUUUAUUUAUUUCGUUCAAUUUAAGAUUGUAGCUGAAUAAUUGUUAAUGCACAGUACAAGUUUUAUGUACAGUACUUCAAGAGCCUUGCUCACAGGAAAAGGACGUCUGAAUGAGAUUCUAUUAGUUUCUGUAACUGUCAUUGCUGAAAAAGGGGUUGUCAUUAUAAUACUGCCCAGAAAAGAAAGCCGAAUAGCAGAACACAACAUUACCAUUGUUGGCAACACAGUGGAUUUGGAAGUAAUACUGUGUUGCACUGUGGUAAUGAUACAAUAAAUAACAGUGCCUAUCAGUCUAUUUAUCUUAUAGCUAUCGGCUAUCCACCAUGAUUCCAUGCAAGAACCCAUGUGGUCACAUUUCAAGAUACACAUCUUCUGUACAUUUCAAUAAAAAGGGAAACAAACCUGUUUUUGUUUGCUUUAGAAAAAUGCAUAGUAUUUGUACUCAUGUGUUCAGCUCAUGUGUAAUAUUUGUACACCAUAGUCUAAACCCUGGUCCAAGACUAACCCAAUGCAGCUGUUUUUCUUUUCGUUUGGUCAUUUGCAUUUUGUAUACUGACAUUUAAACAUAAAUUGCUUUAUUAGGCUUUUUGGUGCACUUUGUUUAUCCCAGAGAAAUAGACAUGCUCAUAAUUGAAUACUUGAAUAAAACAUCCCAGAGUGCACUUUAGUGAAAGCUAAGUAAAUCUAGCCUAAGUAAGUCUAUUUCGCAAGAAAUAAUUAAAAACAUAUUCAGGAAGCAUAUGAAGCAAUAUUGAAGAAUAUUUUAUAAAAAUAGUCAAUGCCAGAGCAAAUACAUUGUUCAGUACAGAAGAAUACAAAUAAAAAAAUGUAGUUUUCUUCUUGCCAAUGUUGCCUGCAUAUUACUCAAUAUGUCGGGUGAUUAAAAUCCAUUUUCUUAAUUCCGACUUUUUAACAUUAUUUCUGGUCCAAUUUUAAUGUGCUCAGAAUUUUGGGGUUCACUUUUUAAAAUGAAUUAUUCUGCCCCAUAGAAAUGCAAUACAAAUAAUUAGCAAUAGAUAGAUAGAUAGAUAGAUAGAUAGAUAGAUAGAUAGAUAGAUAGAUAGUGGACAAAAAAUGGAAGCACCUGGGUGUUUAUUGAAAGCAAGGCCUUCCACACAGAUGUGGCUCAUGCAUUAAUUAAGCAAAUAACAUCCCAGCAUGCUUAGGGUCAUGUAUAAAAAUGCUGGACAGGCCAGGUUGCCUAUAAUUAUGGCUAGCAUGGCUGCAAGAGGAGACCUCAGUGACUUUGAAGAGGGGUGAUUGUUGGGGUGCGUUUGGCAGGAGCUUCAGUGACCAAGACAGCUCAACUUGCUGAUGUUUCACGAGCAACGGUGUCUAAGGUGAUGUCGGCAUGGAACACCGAGGGAAAGACAUCAUCAGCAAAGGGCAACAGUGGGAGGAAGCGCAUACUCCAGGAUCGUGAUAUCAGUGCACUAAUUUGAAGUGCAAGGCAAAACAGGCAAGCAACUGCAGAUCAAUUGACUGCAACUUUCAACCUGGGCCGCGAGCAACAGGUUUCAUCAAAAACGGUCCACCGAUAAUUCCACAGAGCGGGUUACCAUAAUGGCCCAACGCCCUAUUAAGUGACUUUACAUUGGUGUUUCCAUUUUUUUGUCCACUAUGUGUAUGUAUGUAUGUACAGUAUGUGUGUGUGUGUGUGUGUGUGUAUAUAUAUAUAUAUUGAUUUAGUGUUUUAUUUGGUGUAGUGGUUCAUAUACUUACACUGGAUUAUACAGUGCAUUUCUAUGUGUGUCUGUAUAAUAGUUUAUGCCCAGUUCCCAUUUUCAGUAACCAGGUUAUUUACUGAUACUGAUAGGCUGCUGGGUUACACUAGCUUGCUCAGUGAACAGGGACACCUCUUACUCUAGUGCAUUUCAAAGGACUUGCAAUGUAUCCAGUUUAUGUAAAUGACCUAUGAAAUAUGUUCUUUGCUUCAUUGUACUGUCUAUAAAAGAUGAAUGCAGUAGUAUAUUGAAAUUCCUUUUUAGUGCAUAUAAACCCACUGAACAAAACAGUAGAGGUAUGCUUAAAAAGAAGCAAUUAAUUCACUUUCUACUUUAUUUUUAUUUAUUUAUUUAUUUUUUCUUGUAACCAUGAUUUGGUUGAUGGUUCGGAAGGGCUCCUCCCCCUUCCAGUGUUCAAUCAGUCACACCACGUCAGGCAUUUGAAUGUGUUAUCGAGCCGUUUAUACUGUAAUGGACAGUGUAUGUACACUACUUGAAUGUAUCAUGCAAUUACCCAAGACCGACUUGGAUGUAGUAAAUUCUAGAACUUCCCAGAGAUCUUUUUUCUACCUCAUGUAAUACAGCAAAUACCUACAAUACCUAUAGGGCAGCAGUGUGGAGUAGUGGUUAGGGCUCUAGACUCUUGACCAGAGGGUCGUGGGUUCAAUCCCCAGUGGGGGACACUGCUGCUGUACCCUUGAGCAAGGUACUUUACCUAGAUUGCUCCAGUCAAAAACCAACUGUAUAAAUGGGUAAUUGUAUGUCAAAAUAAUGUGAUAUCUUGUAACAAGAAAUAAAUAAUAAUAAUACAAAAGUAUAGUUUCUUGUUAUACUAUGCACCAUAUUCAUACAUUCUGAGAUAAAAACUUAAAGCAAGGAUGUUGUCUGAUGUCUUCAUCUGUGUUACUUCAUGAAGGUAUUAGUGUAAAUCUGCCUAUUUGCCAUUAGGAUUAGUCUAUGUGUAGCAUUUACUCCAGUGAACAUGCUCACUAAAUUGUAAAAUGUGUCACAAUAAAAAAACUAUUAUUAUUAUUAUUAUUAUUUAUUUCUUAGCAGACGCCCUUAUCCCUCUCCUUCAAAUAUAAUAUAUAUAUAUUUAUUUAUUGUUUUAUACAUAAUGUGUCUGAUAUUGUAAUUUCUGUACCAA